AUGGCUCCAUCUGCUAAGGCUAGUGCUGCUAAGAAGGCUGUUGUCAAGGGUACCAACGGUAAGAAGGCUUUGAAGACCAGAACUUCUGCCACCUUCAGAUUGCCAAAGACCUUGAAGUUGGCUAGAUCUCCAAAGUACGCUUCCAAGUCUGUUCCACACUACAACAGAUUGGACUCUUACAAGGUUAUCGAACACCCAAUCACUUCUGAAACCGCUAUGAAGAAGGUUGAAGACGGUAACAUCUUGGUUUUCCAAGUCUCCUUGAAGGCUAACAAGCACCAAAUCAAGAAGGCCGUUAAGGAGCUAUACGAAGUCGAUGUCAUGAAGGUCAACACUUUGAUCACCGCCAAGGGUAACAAGAAGGCUUUCGUUAGAUUGACUGCCGACUACGAUGCUUUGGACAUUGCCAACAGAAUCGGUUACAUCUAA